AUGAGUGAUACAUCUGAUAGCUUAUUUGAUGAUCAUGAUUGUGAAUUUGACGACGUUGAUAUUAGUUUACUACCAAUUGUCUAUCAAUCACCACCUAUCACCAUACCAGGUCUUUACAUACAUCAUGAACUAAUACCAGAAGAUAUCCAAUCAGAAAUUAUCUCUAACUUGUCAUUCCAUCCACCAGAUAUCACACAACAUGUUGCAUUCGGUAAACAACCGCGUUAUAUAUCCAAAUUAGACCUUUACCUUGAAAAUCAACUCAAGGGUGUAAUAAAUCAGACUGAACAUAAAAAACUUUUCCAUCAGAAUCUUCCAAGACAAUCAAUCGUUAAUGUAUACGGCUACGACAGCUCACCUCGUAGUUAUUAUCUUGCAUCACAUACAGAUCUAGCAAAAUUUGGUGAAGGCGUCAUAAUAGUUAGCUUAGGUACGUCCAUAGGUAUGAAAUUUGAAAGCUCAACGGGCGAGUCUUUUGAAAUCUUUCUCAAACCGGGUAGCAUUCUAUGUAUGACCGACGAAGCGAGGUAUAACUGGACACACGGUAUUGUCCCACGAACAGUCGAUAGAGUAGACAAAGUUGGUCUUCUAAAAAGAGGAAUAAGGGUUGGUCUUACAUUAAGAUAUUACAACCAAAACAUAGAUAAUAACGACAAAUAAAUUUAUGAUAUUCGAUAUACAUAUACAA